AUGGCAGGAAGAAGGACAAGAGGUCGGAGAAUUGAGAUGAGACAAGUUGAAAAUAAGGAAGAUAAGCUCAUUACGUUCUCUAAACGUAGAUCUGGUAUCUACAAAAAAGUAAGCGAGCUUGUAACCCUUUGUGGUUCGGAGGUGGGAGUAGCAAUAUUCUCUCCUACCGGAAAACCCUACUCUUUUGCUCAUCCAUCAGUUGACUCGAUUGGAAAUCGAUUCCUCAACCGAAACCAUCCGCAAAAUGAUGGUGCCCACACCUUGGUGGAGUCCUACCGUCGACUCCGAAUUAAUGAGCUCAAUCAACAACACGAAGAGCUCGUUGAUCAAGUCAAAGCUGACAGGGCGCAAGGUAAAAUGCUGAAGCGAGUGACUGAAGGACGGUACGGUGAGGGGUGGUGGGAAGCUCCCAUGGAAGAGCUCAGAGCUCAAGCAAAUGAAGGCACGAAUGUUGGAGCUUCGGCGGAAUUUGCGGAGUUCGAUAAGUCAAAGGAAUCGCGGAGCUACAUCGAUCGAAGGAGAAAGUUCAAAUCAGAGAAACAAUACUAG